AUGGCCCUCAGAGUACCGUCUGACGCAACUAUGGCCCUCAGAGUACCGUCUGACACAACUAUGGCCCUCAGAGUACCGUCUGACACAACUAUGGCCCUCAGAGUACCGUCUGACACAACUAUGGCCCUCAGAGUACCGUCUGACACAACUAUGGCCCUCAGAGUACCGUCUGACACAACUAUGGCCCUCAGAGUACCGUCUGACACAACUAUGGCCCUCAGAGUACCGUCUGACACAACUAUGGCCCUCAGAGUACCGUCUGACACAACUAUGGCCCUCAGAGUACCGUCUGACACAACUAUGGCUCUCAGAGUACCGUCUGACACAACUAUGGCCCUCAGAGUACCGUCUGACACAACUAUGGCCCUCAGAGUACCGUCUGACACAACUAUGGCCCCUCAGAGUACCGUCUGA